UUUCUUUAUAAGCAGCAACUCUGAGCCCACAAUGGCAGUCCAGUGCCUUGCUGCAGCCACAGGAUGGAUAUCUGCAGGGGCCUCUGCGCUCACCUAAUCUCUCUCCUCCUCUUCCUGUUCUUUUCAGAGACAGCCUGCCGCCCCCCUGGGAGAAGACCCUGCAAGAUGCAGGCCUUCAGGAUCUGGGAUGUAAACCAGAAGACCUUCUACCUGAGGAACAACCAACUAGUUGCUGGAUAUCUGCAAGGACCAAAUACUAAAUUAGAAGAAAAGAUAGAUGUGGUGCCCAUCAAGCCUCAUGCUAUGUUCCUGGGGAUCCACGGAGGCAAGCUGUGCCUGUCCUGUAUCAGGUCUGGCAAUGAGAUCAGACUCCAGUUGGAGGCAGUUAACAUCACUGACCUGAGUGAGAACAGACAGCAGGACAAGCGCUUCACCUUCAUCCGCUCUGACACUGGCCCCACCACCACCUUCGAGUCGGCUGCCUGCCCGGGCUGGUUCCUCUGCACAGCGUUGGAAGCCGACCAGCCUGUCAGCCUCACCAACAAUCCUGAAGAGUCCAUCACAGUCACCAAGUUCUACUUCCAGCAAGACCAGUAGUACUGAUCAGGCCUGCCCUUCCCCAUUCCUGGCAUAUCACGACUCCAGGGACUGCCUCUCCUCCCUGCCCUGGGGCUCCUGGCCAUAGGGGCACUGAGGAGCGGCCUUGGGAGGGUGAACCCUUGGAAAGAGGCAUAAGAGCCCUGGUAACAGGACUCUAUCUCCAGCCUCUCAACUGACCCACCCUCCAUGCUGCCUCCAGAGUGGUCUUUCUAACACGCAAAUCAGACCACAGCAGCCCCUGCUCAAAGCUCUUCCAUAUCACCUCUGCAUUCCGAGUAAAAUCCAGGCCAUCUGCUUAGUGUGGACUCCUUUGCUCUCCUCUCCCCAACACGUCCAUGCCCCAGAUCUGUUAGGCCACUCGCUUGACCCCCAAUCAAGUGGCUCCCACACCCUGAUUUACAAACUAAUGCCAGUUCAUGGGGAACUUCUUAAGGGUUUAUGGAAUAUGGAAAUUGAGGAUUUCAUGAUUUUUAAAAUUGAGCCAAUUGUAUUCAAAGUGAAGGAGAGUCCUUCAUUUGGAAACUAUGUCCUUUCUGGAAGGGGAUGGGGGGAUUUAAAAUGUUCCUUCAUUUGUGAAAUGAUGGUGAAAGUCGAUGGUAGCUUUUCCUCUUCCCCCUUCUUUUUGUAACAUCCCAACCUGUACAAAUUAGAAGUUAGUGUACUAUAUUGGUCCCCUAACUUUUUCCCUUUUUGAGACAGUCCCAUACGGUCGGCCCCUCUGCCCAGACCCCUCUACGUGGCUCUGAGCUCCAUCUCCACUCCAGAUCUACAGCUGCCUGCAGCGCUUUGCCUCCUGUGGAAAGUUCCCGAGCUCCCAAGGAACUGUGCAAACAUGGCUCCCAGGAGUCCUUUCCUCCUCUGCCAGGAGGGAUGAAUUGCUUCCUGACCACUGUGGCACUGCUGACCCUCUGAGACUUGUAUGAGAGAUGGCUGUGCUUCUGUCUGUCCCCUGACCAGGCUGUGGCCCAGAGAACAGGGAGCCUGGCUUGUAUGUGUCUCAGGUCCCUGCAGGGCCCAGCACCUGGCUUGGCCCCUAGCAGGUGCUCAGUAAAUGUGUGUUGUUUGUGUUGGGUGCAAACUUCCCCACCUGCUGUGUGACUUCAGCUCUGUUUUACAAUAAAAGCUUGAA